UGAGAUUGUAUGAUGCAUCUUUUUUUUAUUUUUUUCAUUUCCUCCUUUUCAUUAAAAUGUCACAGAAUACAAAGUGAUUCUAUAGAGUUUUCUAGGCAUGUUCCUCCAAAGGCAUUGGUUGACCAUCUGCUCUAGUUUUUUCCUAUAUCUUAAAAACCCAGAAGAAAUCUGAAGAGGAGUUGAUAUACAACUUCUUACUGUUGAGAGCCCGUUGAUUCUCCAGUGGAGAGAAAGGCUUCUGAUAAUGCUCAGUGUAAUUGGUUUUGAUGAUUUGACAAACUCAGGGAACAGGUAGAGGACCUGGUCCCUUUGAGGACACUUUGCUGAUAACGAUAGCAGACAAUUAGUACAAAACAGAUCCUGCCAAGUCUGCAGGUUUGUGUAUACGCGGCCGAGUCCCUGUGCAGAAGGCCAGUUGUCUAACCAAUACAAAUCUUCCAACGCAUUGUAUAUCACUGAUAUAUACAUUCUUUACAACCAAUUCUCACUUGGCUUUUGGAAUCAAAAAAAGGAAAUAUCCAUUGAAGCUCAUGCUCUCGAGUAUCUGAAAUUUACUCGUGAAGAAGAUCAAGAGUCUGAUAGAGUUAUCAGUUGUUUUUGUUCUUAUUUUAGAGUUAUAAUUUCUUGGUUCUAAACUUGCAAGGUCUACUCCUAAUAUGUAAAGGAAGCUAGACCAGUUCUUUGUUUUUAUUUCUAUUGUUCAUCUUGUCGAAGUAACUAGAACUAGUUAUGGAGACCACCUGAACUCUAAAUCAGCUAGGAGGAUAGUGAUUAAGGAAGCAGUAGAGUUUAUUGCUUCAAAGCUUUAACAAAGUUGUUACAAGGAAAAGAGAGGGAUUGUGAGUGCAAUUCCUAGGUUACAAUAGCUUGUAAUCUAAAUCUUUGGCUCAGUUGUCAUAGUGAAGUAUUGAGCUGAAAUCCUAUGAGAAAGGUCGUGUUUUUUCUCUCUUGAGCAAGGAGUUUCACAUAAAACUUGAGUCUAUUUUUAUCUAUUUGUUCUUUAAGUUUCUGGACUAAUUUCUGAUAAGGGACCCGGUCCCAACUUUUCUGGUGGAAGCAUACAUUCUAACAAUUGGUAUCAUAGUGGGUUUUCUCUAUCUGGUUAACACCAAGAGAAGUUCCUGCAAGAAUGAAUGCUCCACCAAAUUUGGAAGAAGGUCAUUUGUCAACCAGACCUCCUCGAUUCAAUGGUCAGUUCUAUAGCUGGUGGAAAACUCGUUUGCAUAAUUUUCUCAUGGCUGAGGACAGUGAACUUUGGGACAUUGUUCUUGACGGUCCCUAUGUUCCCACUGUUGAAGAGAAAGAAGGAGAGAUUACAAGGAUCGUUUCUAAAACUCGCAGGCAGUAUAUUGAGGCUGACAGGAAGAAGAUUGAGAAAAAUUAUAAGGUUAAGAAACUGUUGGUAUGUGGUAUUGAUGCUGAAGAAUACAACAAAAUUUUUGCUUGUGAGUCCGCAAAAGAAAUCUGGGAUUGUCUGAGGACUACUCAUGAAGGAACUGAGCAAGUUAAAGAAUCUAAAGUGGAUAUUCUGACCACUCAAUAUGAAAAUUUCACAAUGAAAGAAGGAGAGUCUAUCUAUGAUAUGCACACCAAGUUCUCUUCCAUUACCAAUGAGCUUCAAAGUCUUGGUGAACCUGUUCAUCCUAGCAAACAGGUCAGGAAGAUUCUGACGAUUCUUCCCAAGUAAUGGGCUAGCAAAGUGGAUGCAAUAACUGAAGCAAAGGACCUGAAGGUUCUUACAAUGGAUGCCCUAAUUGGGUGUCUGCAAACCCAUGAAUUAAAUCGAGCUCAGGAUGGUCUGAAGAAGGAGACAAAGCAGGAGAAAACUCUUGCUCUUAAAGUUGCUUCAAGCGAACUCUCAGUUGAGGAUGAAGAUAUGGUAUAUUUGACUAUGAGAUUUCAUAAGAUUGUAAGAAAGAAUGGAGGUUUCGUCAAGAAAAGUAACUCCAGUCGACUUGCAAAUGCCACAGAUCUGUAUCACAAAUAUGGCAAACCAGGGCACUUCAUCAGAGAUUGUCCAAUGCAUAAGGUAGAAUACAAAGAAUAUGUUAGAAACAGAGCUGAAAAAAGAAGGGACCUGAUACCUGAUAAGAAGGGAAGGAAGGCUGAAACUGAUUAUGUCGUAAAAAAGGCUUUUGCUGUAUGGGGAAACUCCUCAAGCGACUCUGAGGAGUCUACUCAUCUAGAAGAUGCUUCCAUGGUGGCCGUAAAAGAUGAUGAAGAAGUCUUUGACUCACUAUUUGCUUUCAUGGCACAGUUAGAUGAUGAGGAAGCUGAUGAUGAUGAUGAAACAAAAGUAACUCUUGCUAAUCUUAGACAAAAUUUGCACAUUUACUCUGCUAAAAAAUUAAGAAGCUUAGCAGCAGUAGUGAUUGACUCAGUCACUGAGUUGAUAAAUGAGAAGGACAUGAUGAAUAAUACUAUUGAUAUUUUUCAAGAUGAAAAGCUUGUUCUAGUAUCUCGAAUCACUGAUCUGGAAGAACAAAUUAUGGUCCUGAUAAGCAACAAUGUUGAGCCUUGAUCUAAAGUUCAGGAAUUUGAACAGAAGCAGUGAAGAUUGCAAGAAUGAAGCUAGGAGUGUACUAGCUGAGCUUGAAGAAAAGUUAAAAGUGGCUGAGAUGAAAAUGUGUGAUCUGGAAGAGCAGAUAAUGGUCUUAGUGGCUGAUAAUGUAGAGCUUGAUAUUGAAUUCAAGAAGCUGAGCAAGAGCAGUAAAAGCUGCAACAAUGAAGUUAAGAAUAAAAAGGCUGAUAAUUUGCAGUUGGAACUUGAAGAUAAGUUGAAUGAAGCUGAUGUGAAGUUAACCAUGGCUCUUGAAAGAAACACUCAACUAGAAGGAAAUCUCAUCCAGGCAAAAGAAGAGCUGAGAAAUCUCUGAAAUGGACUGCUUCUUCAAAGAUGCUUAAAAAUAUGUCAAGUCAGGAGCAUAAUGGUGGAAGAGGAUUGGGAUGCCUGAGAAUCAAUUCUUCUUACAAUCCUCACAGCAAAUAUGUCGCUGUAUCUGAUAAUCUUCUGUGUCUCCAUUGUGGAAGAAAUGGCCAUAUGAAGAAUGAGUGUUCUGCCUGGAAGAAUUCUCAAGAAGAUUUCUCAAACUACCUUAAACAAAAGGCGAAACAGAGCAAGGAACCUGGUCCUAACUCUGCACAUAAGAGUAGUAUGAGAAAUGAUAUUUGGCCACACUGGAUCAAAAAUUCCUUGAUUAUGCCAUUAUCUGAUUACUGGGAAGUCCGUUUAAAAUGGGUUUCCAAGCCUAACAAUUAACUUGUGUUGCAGGAAAGUGAGUGAAGUGUAAGUCAAUAUUUGCUUUAUGUUGAAGAAGUGAACAAAGUACAUGAAAGGUAUACACUUAUGAGAAGUAAGCUUGAAAAAAAGGAGAACUGGAAGGUUGGAAAAUUCGUUCUUAAAACACUGAAGAGGGACCGGUCCUGCUUCAAGGAAAUCAGGGAGAUCAACUUAUGACACUUGGAUAAAUCUGGCACUAUUUCGAGCAUUUACAGCGUUGGAUUAUGUUGUUGCUCAGUG